CCGCAACAAAAAAAACAGAGCCAACGCGUCGGGAGGAAAAUGAUCCGUCAAUGCAUCUCGAAUUUUCAAUUGACGAGGGACACAAAACAAACAGAAGAGGCCAGACAAAGGAACAACACCAUCGCAAUACUAAAAACAAGGACUAAUCUCACAGAUUGACGAGCCAUUUAUCGCAUACAACAUAAAUCCACCGCGACAAACUCUAUUCCCACUAUCCACAGCCAGCCUCAUCACCUCAUCUCGCCCAGCAUCUCAUCUCACCCGUCCCCACCAAAACACAGCAUGGAUAACUAUCAGAGAAUAGAAAAGGUCGGAGAAGGUACUUAUGGUGUUGUCUACAAAGCCCGUGAUCUCAGCCACAAUGGCCGCAUCGUCGCUCUCAAAAAGAUCCGUCUCGAGACCGAAGACGAAGGCGUUCCCAGCACCGCCAUUCGCGAGAUUUCCGUCCUGAGAGAGCUUAACCACCCCAACGUCGUCAGCCUCCUGAAUAUUGUUCACGCCGACGGCCACAAGCUCUACCUCGUCAUGGAAUUUCUCGACCUUGAUCUCAAAAAGUACAUGGACUCGCUCCCUGUCACAGACGGCGGUCGCGGAAAGCCUCUUCCGACUGGAACUGCUACGACCGUGCGAAACUUGGGAAUGAGCGAGAAGGUCGUGCAGAAGUUUAUGCUGGAUCUGGUUCAGGGCAUUAAGUAUUGUCACUCGCGUCGGAUAUUGCAUCGCGACUUGAAGCCGCAGAACUUGCUCAUUGAUAAGGACGGAAACCUCAAGUUGGCUGAUUUUGGUCUGGCGAGGGCGUUUGGUGUUCCGUUGAGAAGUUAUACUCAUGAGGUUGUCACGCUGUGGUAUCGCGCGCCUGAGGUCUUGCUUGGUGGACGACAGUAUUCGACCGGUGUUGAUAUGUGGUCUGUCGGAACCAUCUUCGCUGAGAUGUGCUCUCGAAAGCCCCUUUUCCCUGGCGACUCUGAGAUUGAUGAGAUUUUCAAGAUCUUCCGAACCCUCGGUACACCCGACGAGGAUGCCUGGCCCGGUGUCACCACAUACCCAGAUUUCAAGCCUUCUUUCCCCAAGUGGCAGCGUGACUUUUCUGUUCCUCUUUGCCCGAACCUGGAUGAGGCUGGCCUGGAACUAUUGGACUACAUGCUCAUCUGCGAUCCUGUAACCCGCAUUUCGGCCAAGGCGGCACUAAACCAUCCUUACUUUGACGAGAUCCUGGAACGUAACUAAUUCACUCAUGUACUGGGGCUUGACGCGAUGAGGAGUUGAUGAACAGAACUUUGUAGAACACGACCAGGAAAUGCAUGAAAACGGGUUCAUUGAGGAUAUGAGUAAGAUAGGAUGAACUUAAUGAGUAUCACAUGAAGGAGGCAAUUAUUGAUGAUAGAUAGCAUGGGGAACGGAGGUAAAAAUUGUAAACUGUAUUUGUCUUUGCU